AUGAGCGAUGUGAAUCAGCUCAUAUGUGAUGGUGUUGUAUUGUUUGGCAAAUAUUAUGAGAAGCAGCUGUUGUUUGGUGCUCUUCAUGAACCCCGUAACUUAUUGUUGCAUAGUCUCUCCGGUGAACUGUUCUUCAGCCACACGAUCCACAAAGGUGCCGACGCUUACUCCACAAUCAGGACCUGUAACAUGAACACAAAACGAUGUAUUGACAUCAAAACUGUCGAAGAUGGCCGCGCAAUUGCUUACGAUCGCAACACAAGUGAGAUUUACUUCGGUGGCAGCAAAGGUAUUUACAAAUACGAUUUCAAAAGCAAAACUGCACGUCUCCACGCUGAAAAUGGUACUUCAAUUUGGAACAUGUUCAUUCAAGAUCUGUUCUACUACGUAGAUGCUUCCACAAAAAGAAUUGUAGCUAACUUAAGGGGCUACUUUCAUAUAAUACCGCUCUUUAGCGAAAUUGAAUUCGACAAUAUUUUCUUCUCCGUAUUAGAUCACAUGUACUUUUCUAACCGAACUGGAUUAUAUAAAGCUCAAUCAGUAAUAUCGCCAAUAUUUGUUCUGAACAAUACGAUGGACGUCAGACAAAUAUCCCAGGAUAUAAACGAUAACCGUCUGACGGUAUAUUUUGCUGCGAAAGACGGAUUGUACAUACAGGAUCCGUCUUUUCGAAAAAUGAUAAUGGUGGCUGCAAUCGACAAUGUAUUUGGCGUUACAUUCAGGAACAUAUCAGAUGGGACUAAAAACAAGAGUGAGAUAUUGUACUCGGACCAAGAAGCAAUAUAUAAAUUGGUUAAAAGCAGACACGGUUAUUCUUGUAUGAUGAAGUUUGAAGCUCAAAAACAGGCAGCUCGCUCGAUAAACUUAAAAAUGACGGUUGACUUAGAUUAG